CACAUCUCCUACUGAAAACAAGUGGAUCUCUGUGGAUAAGAUCACCGGGCAGCCAUGGAAGAACUUACGGCUUUUGUAUCCAAAUCUUUCGACCAGAAAAGCAAAGAGAGCAGCAGCGGCAGUGGCAGCAGCAACAAGAAGGAGACGAUCACGUACAGGGAAGUUUUGGAGAGUGGGUUGGCUCGUUCUAGGGAGCUUGGAAACUCUGACUCUAGCCUGCAGGACAUGACCGAGAGCAGCAAUCAUUGCCCAGUGCAUAUUUUCAAGGAUCACGUAGAGAGCGACAAGGACAAACUGAAAGAGUUCAACGCAGGCAGGACGGCGGAAGGGAUCUACGAGUGCAAAGAGAAGAGGGAAGAUGUGAAGUCAGAAGAUGAAGAUGGACAGACUAAGCUCAAACAAAGGAGAAGCAGAACCAACUUCACACUAGAGCAGCUGAAUGAGCUGGAAAGACUUUUUGAUGAAACGCAUUAUCCGGAUGCCUUCAUGAGGGAGGAACUAAGCCAGAGGCUGGGACUGUCUGAAGCUAGGGUUCAGGUCUGGUUCCAGAACCGGAGGGCAAAGUGCCGAAAGCAGGAAAACCAGAUGCACAAAGGUGUGAUCCUAGGAACCGCCAGCCAUUUAGACGCCUGCAGAGUGGCCCCCUAUGUGAAUAUGGGAGCUCUGAGGAUGCCUUUCCAACAGGUCCAGGCGCAGCUGCAGCUGGAGGGCGUGGCCCACGCGCAUCCGCACCUGCACCCGCACCUGGCGGCCCACGCGCCCUACCUGAUGUUCCCGCCGCCGCCCUUCGGGCUGCCCAUAGCCUCCCUGGCCGAGUCUGCUUCCGCCGCUGCCGUGGUGGCCGCCGCUGCGAAGAGCAACAGCAAGAACUCCAGCAUCGCCGACCUGCGGCUGAAGGCCCGCAAGCACGCCGAGGCUCUAGGGCUUUGACACGCUUCAGACCAGCUUCCCCUACCCCACCGCGCCCCGGGUGCCCGUGGCGGGAGUGUGUGUGACCCGCACGGACCGCCGCUUUGUCCCCCCAGCUCCUGCCGCUCCUCCUCCGGCCGCGGGGCCGUCCUGCCGCUUUCUGUCUUUUUUCUUCUUAUUUUUUUUAUUAUUAUUAUUAUUGUUUAUUUUUAAAUUUUUACUUCUUUCCCCUGUCCCAAGGUUUGCGGGCACUCGGCGGCAGCCUCUUUCCGCCGCUCUCCUCACCCUCUCGCCCCCAGGGACUUCGCUACUAGGGGAGCCGGGUAAAGAGCGGCCUUUGGCUGCCAUUGGUGCCCUGUGACACGGUGGGGGACUUCCGCAGGGCGAGGGCACCCGGCUCUCGCCUUGGCCGGGCACACACCCACGCACUCACCCACGCACCUACCCGCAGCCAACAGGCACCCACAAGUCAGAGACUCCGUGGAAGAUAAAGUAGGUGGGAGGAGACAAUUAACAAAAACCAACACACACACAUACAAAGAGAAAAAAAAAAAAAAGGAAGGAAACGAUCUUUAAAUUAUGUUAAUCUGUGAACAUUUGGGACACUUUGGAUUUUUUGACCCUGGCAAAAGUGAUUGCUCCAGCAUAACGUCACCUGCUGCUGUCAGUUUUGCUACCUUGUGCAUGUGUCUAACGAAACACAUUUUGAAGAUCAGAAAUAUAUUAGAAUGAAACUAAACAUAACAAAUAGUAAUAAUAAUAAAUAAUAAAUCCUUGGGGCUGGUCUCCAUUAAAGAUGACAUUUCUUUGUUGCCAACAGUAUUAUUUCACUGCCAUGAUUCUCUUCCAUCACUGAGGAGCUGCUGCUGCAGAACUGGUUUGAAUUUAAAUCUGGAAUUUCAGAUCUGAGGCAAGGCAGUUUUUAAUUUUCUUUCUCUCUUUUAUUAAAAAAAAAAAAAGAAAAAAAAAGAGGCAGCAAUAACAAAAACCAAACAAACAAGUAGCAUGUCUCGAAUGGCUGCAUCCUUUGACAGGAGAAAGAGAGACCAGAAUUUAUUAAUUAUUAGUGAUAACUUGAAAAAUGGGGACAACAAGAAAUUCACCUGUUUUGCCAGAAUAACCUGAACUCAGUGAGAUGCAUUGUGCCAUAGAAACAGGUCAAUUUUUUCUUUUUUUUUUUCUUCCCUGAAAGGUCUUGAUUUUUGAAUCAAAAUAUUGUUUGGUUUUGUUUUACGGGAUGUAGAAAAAAUGACUUAUACUACAAAGAUGGACAUGUUUUGAAGGCAUAAUACUGAUGCAGUGUUGAUUUUAGUGAAAUGCAAUUAAGUGCAGUAAAGUGCAAUACUGUAAAUACUAUAGAUUAAAAAGAAAAAAAUAGCCGUACUUAUUCUGUUAAUAACCAAUUCUGCAAGAACCAUAACUUAAAUCCUCUAUGCUCAGACUUGUGCAUUGCAGCUUCUUGCCAAACUGACAGUCUGAGUCUUCAAUGAAUGGAUAAAGUUUUAUACAUCACAUAUGGGAAAAGGUAGAUGCCAUGGUUUGUAGUCGAGUUCACGUGCCAUGUUUCUGAGAAGUAAAGCUGAAAAGUCUGUAUGAUACUUUCACAGUCAUUUUAAGUAAAAAACAGCAAAAAAGCACCGCACAGAAGUGAUUUGUAAAUGGUAGACAAGUCCAAUAUUUGGGCAUUUGAAGUUUUGCCUGUGAUUUAGACACCAAAUCUUAAGUUAACACUUAAGGAAAGUAGCUAACAUAAAUUCCAAAAGGAUGGGAAAUAAGGAAAUUGUUGAAAUUACAUUACCAAAGUGUCUGGGCUUACUGAUUCCCCUCCCUUUUACUUUUUAUACUGUUAUUUUCUCUUCUUCUUCUUCUUCUUUUUUUUUUU